CGGCUCGCAGGUUCGACUAAACUGGACCACCUGACUUACACAUGGGUCCGAUGAUUACCUACAUAGCGAAGGCUCCGAGCGAUAUCACGAAGUGGAAUCCUGGCACCGCACUGCAGAUGGCAAAUAGGCGGCGACGGAUGUACUCACUGCCAACCAGUCGAUAUAUACCUUCACCGUCCCCCCGAAACUUGCCCCUGGCCAAUAUAUUGUUCACCAUGAGAUAAUCGCUUUGCAUGCAGCCCGGACCUAUCCCGGUGCUCAAGUCUGUCCGUCGUGCAUUCAAGUUCAGGUCACUGGCUCAGGAACGGCGCCACUUACCUCUGGGCUCGUUGCCUUCCCUGGAGCAUACACGGCCUCGAUUCCUGGAAUUGUGUAUGACGCUUAUACGAACACCGAUUCGUAUCCUAUUCCGGGACCUGCUGUCUGGACUGGAGGAAACUGAAGGGAUGCCGAGAAUGAUACAGCUUGGAGAGUUGAUAUCUGGUAUCGGUAGCUUUUGGAUUUUGUCGCAUUGUACUGUACGUCUUUUUUGAGUGCAGGCUUGCGAAUAUGUUUCGUCUACUAGUUAUUCGGCCGAUC